GGUACUUUGUAACGGCAGCCGGGCAGCAAAAGCAAGCAGUCGCCGACGCGGCUAACGGUAUUGGAAAAAAGGGUAAUACGAAAACGAAAACGAAAGAAAGCAGGACAGAAAGAAAGCAGAAAGGCAGCCAAAGAAGGUCCUUGCUGAGGCUGAAAAAUACAGUGAUAGACGAAGGAACUACUGCUGGCCAGGAUCUACGACCGCAGUAACCUUGUUCCUCAUCCGCUUACGGGGUGUUGCAGCAGCAGGAGGCAGGAGAAGAGCAACAGCAGAUCAACCUCCCCCGUACCGCAUGGACUGAAAAAAGAAGUCAACACAUUUCCCUUUUGGAGGCCAAAACCGGGGGCCCAGACAGCAUUCCGAGAGCGCAUCUCAUGAUGACAGCAAACGCCGCCGCCGUCGCUGAUACUGCUGCUGCUGCUGCCACAGUCGGUGCUGCUGCUAAGUGGGGCACCGUCACAAGGCAGACGCCCCAAAAAUAGACACACCCGACGAAAGCAGAGGGAGAGAUGCUGCCCAGCAGCAGCACCGUAGUGCAGAUGCCAACGCCACCGUCGGGCUGUGCCUCUGCCUCCGCCUCCGCCUCCUCCACGUCGCAUUCGUCUGGCCUGGUGCUGGGCGUCUGCUGCGACCAGCUGAUGCCACAGCAUUCACAUCCACAUCCAGUGCAUCGCACAACGACAGCAGCCAACGUGCCCGUUCCAGCAUCAUCAAAGAGGCCAGCAUCGUCAGAGAAGGAGAGGCACAAGGAGAGGCAGCUUCUUGCCACCAAAUGGCCACCGCCCUGCUUCAUUGUCCUUGCCUCGCUGCUGGAGAUUUUGGUCUUCGUUUGCGUGGGUCAAGUUCCUCCCGAGGACUCUGUGCUCAUCUAUCGCCCUGAUCUGCGCCUGCAACUGUGGCGCUUCCUCAGCUAUGCCCUGCUCCAUGCCAGUUGGCUCCAUCUGGGCUUCAAUGUGCUCACCCAACUGCUCUUUGGCCUGCCCCUGGAGCUGGUGCAUGGCUCUGCCCGCACGGCAGUGAUCUACAUGGCGGGCGUGCUGGCGGGUUCCCUGGGCACCAGUGUCGUGGACUCGGAGGUGUAUCUGGUGGGCGCCAGUGGUGGGGUUUAUGCUCUACUCGCUGCUCAGGUGGCCAGCGUGCUCUUAAAUUUGGAGCAGAUGCGUCACGGAAUACUACAGCUAAUGGCUGUGAUUGUGUUUGUUUUCUGCGACCUGGGCUAUGCCUUGUAUUCCAGGGAACUCGAGGAGCUGCAAGCGCGUCCCACAGUCUCGUACAUUGCUCACAUGACGGGCGCCCUGGCCGGCCUGAGUGUGGGUCUGCUGCUGCUGCGGCAGCUGGAUGGUGGACUGCGUCCGCGGCUGCUUCGCUGGCUGGCGCUGGGCGUGUGGUCGGCCUUCAGUGUCUUUGGCAUAGCCUUCAAUCUGAUCAACACGGUGACCGCACAGCUCCUGGCCGAGCAGGAGGGGGAGGUGCUCAAGCAGCAUCUGCUCCACGAUUUGGGCAUGGGCUGAGUUGAGUUAAGGAACGGAGAAU